AUGAACAACCUGUCGUCCUCUAUGAAAUCACCACCAAGCCACAGUCUCCUCUUUCUCUUGCUCAUUGCAAGUACUGUCGCCAUGUUAACGACCCGAUACACCGUACCGAUCCCCGAAUCAAUGAAUGUACUUGAAACCCGCCGAGAACUCAAUGAAAUGGCGGAACAUUACCCGCUGAGCACCGUGGGCGCCAGAAACGGCGGCUGGUAUAUACUCGAUCAUGACGGCACCGUACUAGCCGUUGCCACUGAUUCCGUGUGUGAAGAGCUCGAUGCUUCGAUCGAGGAAGCAAUGCGGCUGUACGGCCUCGUUCGUAAGCCUGAUAACGACGUGAGCGAGAGUGUUGCACCUCGAAGUGACCAACGAUCAGGCUCUGAAAUCUCGAACACCUGUUCUCACCCUCGUUGUCUUGCGUCAUCCGCAUGUCGGACAUACAGCGAUUGCUACAGUACUCACCUUCUCUGGAGGCAGUACGAGCGUCCCCUCAACCACCUGGGUUAG